UAACAUCACCAUUAUUCUGGCUGGAGCAAUUGUGCUUAUCAUUGGUUUUGGUAUUUCAGGGAAACACUCCAUUACAGUCACUACUUUCACCUCAGCCGGAAACAUCGGAGAGGAUGGAAUCCUGAGCUGCACUUUUGAACCUGAUAUCAAAUUUAAUGAUAUUGUGAUACAGUGGCUGAAGGAAGGCAUCAUGGGCUUGGUCCAUGAGUUCAAAGCAGGCAGAGAUGACCUCUCACACCAGCACGAAAUGUUCAGAGGCCGGACAUCUGUGUUUGCAGAUCAAGUGAUAGUUGGCAAUGCCUCUCUGAGGCUGAAAAAUGUGCAACUCACAGAUGCUGGCACCUACCAGUGUUACAUCAUCACUUCCAAAGGCAAGGGUAAUGCUAAUCUUGAGUAUAAAACUGGAGCCUUCAGCAUGCCAGAGAUCAAUGUGGACUAUAAUGACAGUUCAGAGAGCUUGCGUUGUGAGGCUCCCCGAUGGUUCCCCCAGCCCACAGUGGCAUGGGCAUCCCAAGUUGACCAUGGAGCCAACUUCUCAGAAGUCUCCAACACCAGCUUUGAGCUGAACUCUGAGAAUGUGACUAUGAAGGUUGUGUCCGUGCUCUACAAUGUCACCAUCAACAACACAUACUCUUGUAUGAUUGAAAACAACAUUGCCAAAGCCACGGGGGAUAUCAAAGUGACAGACUCUGAGAUCAAAAGGCGGAGUCAACUACAGCUGCUGAACUCAAAGGCUUCCAUGGGUGUUUCUUUUUUCUUUGCCGUCUGCUGGACACUCCUGCCUAUCUCCACUUACCUGAUGCUAAAAUAAUGUGCCUUGGCCACACAAACAUGUGCAAAGUUAUUGGUACAACAGGAAUCUACAAAAUUAUUUUGCCACAAGAUAUGACCUAGUUUUACAGUUCUGGUGGGAAAUGAAUUCAUGUCUAGAAGUCUGGAGUCAACAAACAAG